AACCAUAAUCCUUUGAUUAUAUAAAGAUUCAUAUAAAAAAAAUAAGUUAAGGAAAGCAAUGGCAUCCUGCUUCCAAAACCCAAAGCCAGAAGAUGAUUCCAUGGUACUCUUUUCAAAUACAAACUCCAUCCAAGAAUCAACAAGUCCCUCCUCUUCUUCCCACCAUUCUCCUACUCACUCAUCAGAAAACACUUACAACUUAAACGUUAAAAAUCUCUCUUACACCAUUAACAAAAGUAGUUGGACACCCUCUUCCCUUUUAGGCUUAAACAAGAAAGUUGAGCCCAUUAGAGUACUUGAUUCUGUUUCUUUCACAGCAAGAAGCUCUGAGAUCCUAGCCAUUGUUGGUCCAAGUGGCACUGGCAAGUCUAGUCUAUUGCGUAUAAUAUCCGGGAGGGUAGGGGAUAAGUAUUUUGAUCCUACAAGUAUCAAACUCAAUGAUGCUUCCGUUUCUAGUCCUUAUCAGCUGAGGAAAAUCUGCGGAUUUGUGGCACAAGAAGAUAAUUUGUUACCUUUACUAACUGUGAAGGAGACAUUAUCUUUCAGUGCCAUGUUUAGGCUAAAAGAAAUUAGUGUAAAAGAGAGGGAGGAAAGAGUUGAGAACCUUAUGUAUGAGCUUGGUCUUGAUCAUGUGGCUAAUAGCUUUAUUGGAGAUGAGGAGAACAGAGGGAUUUCUGGAGGAGAACGAAAGAGGGUGUCAAUUGGUGUAGAUAUCAUACAUGAUCCGCCAGUUCUGCUCCUCGAUGAACCAACAUCAGGACUUGACAGCACUUGUGCGCUUCAAGUGAUUGAGCUUCUUUCGUCUAUGGCAAGAUCAAAGCAAAGGACAAUUCUGCUAUCAAUCCAUCAACCAAGCUACAGGAUUCUUCAUUACAUUUCUCAGUUCUUGAUUCUUUCUCAUGGUUCUGUUGUGCAUGCUGGUUCACUUAGUUCCCUUGUGGAUACCAUAACUCAAUUAGGCUUAACUAUUCCAUUGCAACUCAAUGCACUUGAGUUCUCCAUGGAAAUUAUCCACAAACUCGACGAUCACUCAAAGAGUAGAAACCAGCUUUCAUCUUAUAUUGAAGAGAAUGAACCAUCUUCCUUUGCUGUCAUGUGGCAAAGAGAAGGCCAAUGCACUGAACUAGAGGUUGAAUAUUGUGAUCACUAUUUUAGCUUGUUUGAGGUGAUGUGCUUAUGUGCAAGAUUUUGGAAGAUUAUUUACCGAACAAAGCAGCUCUUUCUGGCAAGGACAAUGCAAGCUCUUGUUGGAGGAUUUGGUUUAGGAAGUGUAUAUGUGAAGGUGAAGAAUGAUGAUGAAGGAGUUGCUGAAAGAUUAGGGCUUUUCGCCUUUAGUCUUAGUUUUCUACUCUCUUCAACCGUUGAAGCUCUUCCAAUUUACCUUCAAGAACGACGUGUUCUAAUGAAAGAAGCCUCAAGGGGAGCUUACAAAACUUCAUCUUACAUGAUUGCCAAUACCAUCGUAUUCUUACCUUUUCUCUUUGCAGUGGCUAUUACUUUCUCUCUCCCUCUAUACUGGAUAGUAGGCCUUAAUUCUUCGAUAGAGGCUUUUGCAUUCUUCACUUUCGCAGUUUGGCUUAUUGUCUUGAUGGCAAGCUCACUGGUGCUCUUUUUAAGUGCGGUAUCUCCAGACUUUAUAUCAGGGAAUUCACUGAUAUGCACAGUUCUUGGUGCAUUCUUUCUCUUCUCCGGCUAUUUCAUACCCAAAGAAAUCAUACCAAAGUAUUGGAUGUUCAUGUACUAUGUCUCCCUUUACAGGUAUCCUUUAGAUUUUUUGCUUGUAAACGAGUAUUGGAGCGUAAGAGAUAAAUGUUUCUCAACGGAUGUUCAUGACCAUUCUAAUUGCUUGCAAAGAGGAAUUGAUGUUUUGAGAAGUAGAGGACUUGACAAGGACACAAGGUGGAUGAAUGUGGGGAUUAUGUUUGGUUUCUUUGUGUUUUAUAGGGUACUUUGUUGGAUCAUACUUGCAAGAAGGGUUUCAAAAACAACAAUAUGACAAUUUGUCCAGCAUUUAUACAUAUCUGGUUUGCUUAAUCAAACUUUGAACCAUUUAUUGUGAUUCUCUGCCUGAUCUGCAGUACAAGUAUAAUAAUCUAUAACUUUAUCAA